AAUACUCCAGAGUUUUGUGCAGCAUCAAUUUGUUUCCUUCCUCCCAACUGAGCACCUGACACCUCUGCACUGGAACCAUGACUGCCGGAGACGCCACAUACGAGGAGAUCAAGAAGCUGAGCCAGAGCGGCACCGGGUACAUCAUUGAUGUGAGGAACCCAGAGGAGGUGCAGAGGGGCAAGAUCCCAAAUUCCAUCAAUAUCCCGGUCUCUCAGUUUGAGGCGGCGCUGAGAAUGGACCCCGGGACCUUCCAGAAAACGUUUCAUGUAGUGAAACCCAAACCCAGCGAGGAGAACAUUAUCAUUCAUUGUUUUUCGGGGAAAAGAGGAGCCCAGGCUACAGCUAUUGCGACUGCACUUGGAUUCUCCCAGUAAGUCUGACCCCGGGGC